UUCUUUCCCAUCUCUCUGUCAUUUAGAUCCCUAGAUUGUAGGGAAAACAUGAAACGAGGAAAUCAGGCAACUUUUAGGCGCCAACAGAGGAAAUAGGCUGUGGAGGCGGGGUCCUUUGCUCGCGCCUAAAUUCAAAGGAAUAAAUAGUUCCGGCACCGGUGCUGGCCGCGGGGCGAGUGUUGUAGCCGGUAUGGUGGAGCACACAUCCUAGCGCCCGAAGGCGGGCGGAUUUCACCCGCACUCCACCCUUGUGGCCUCGCGGAGCCCUCGGGCGUCUCUAGCCCAGGCGGCCUGAGGCAGCGACGAGGUCGGUGCGUGAGCGCGGCUGGUUGGGCCUUGUAUUCCCGGCGAACUAGUUUGUGACCUGUUUGAUCGUAGCAGAGGUUUACCAGUCCAAGGCAAUUGUGAAAAUGCAUAUUAAGUCAAUAAUUCUGGAAGGAUUCAAAUCCUAUGCUCAGAGGACUGAAGUCAAUGGUUUUGACCCCCUCUUCAAUGCUAUCACUGGUUUAAAUGGUAGUGGAAAAUCCAACAUAUUGGACUCUAUUUGCUUUUUGCUGGGCAUCUCUAACCUGUCUCAGGUUCGGGCUUCUAAUUUACAAGAUUUAGUUUACAAGAAUGGGCAGGCAGGUAUUACCAAAGCCUCAGUGUCAAUCACCUUUGAUAAUUGUGAUAAAAAGCAAAGUCCUUUAGGAUUCGAGGUGCAUGAUGAAAUCACAAUAACAAGGCAGGUGGUUAUUGGUGGCAGAAAUAAAUAUUUAAUCAAUGGAGUAAAUGCAAACAACACCAGAGUACAAGAUCUCUUCUGUUCUGUUGGCCUUAAUGUUAACAACCCUCACUUCCUCAUUAUGCAGGGCCGAAUUACAAAAGUAUUGAAUAUGAAACCUCCAGAGAUUUUAUCUAUGAUAGAAGAAGCAGCUGGAACCAGGAUGUAUGAAUACAAAAAAAUAGCUGCCCAGAAAACUAUAGAAAAAAAGGAGGCUAAGCUGAAAGAAAUUAAGACGAUACUUGAAGAAGAGAUUACUCCAACUAUUCAAAAAUUAAAAGAGGAACGAUCUUCCUACUUGGAGUAUCAAAAAGUAAUGAGAGAAAUAGAACAUUUGAGUCGUUUAUAUAUUGCUUAUCAGUUUUUGCUGGCUGAAGAUACCAAAGAACGCUCAGCUGAGGAGUUAAAAGAAAUGCAGGAUAAAGUUGUAAAGCUUCAAGAAGAAUUGUCUGAGAAUGAUAAAAAAAUAAAAGUACUUAAUCACGAAAUAGAAGAGUUAGAAAAAAGAAAAGAUAAGGAAACUGGAGGUAUACUCCGUUCUUUAGAAGAUACUCUUGCAGAGGCUCAGCGAGUUAAUACUAAAUCUCAAAGUGCCUUUGAUCUCAAGAAGAAAAACCUGGGAAGUGAAGUAAACAAACGCAAAGAGCUGGAAAAAAAUAUGGCAGAGGACUCUAAAACUUUAGCAGCAAAGGAAAAAGAAGUUAAAAAGAUAGCAGAUGGACUGAGUGCCCUUCAGGAAGCAAGUAAGAAGGACGCCGAAGCUCUGGCUGCUGCACAGCAGCACUUCAAUGCUGUGUCUGCUGGCCUGUCCAGUAAUGAAGACGGAGCAGAAGCCACUCUUGCUGGCCAGAUGAUGGCCUGUAAAAACGACAUGAGUAAAGCUGAGACAGAGGCCAAGCAGGCUCAGAUGAAGUUGAAACAUGCCCAACAAGAAUUAAAGGCCAAACAGGCUGAAGUUAAAAAGAUGGAUGGUGGUUACAGGAAAGAUCAAGAAGCUUUAGAGGCUGUGAAGAAACUUAAGGAAAAACUUGAAACUGAAAUGAAAAAGCUAAAUUAUGAAGAAAGCAGGGAAGAAAGUCUUUUGGAAAGGCGUAGGCAGCUGUCUCGUGAUAUUAGUAGAUUGAAAGAAACAUAUGAAGCUCUCUUGGCCAGAUUUCCCAAUCUUCAAUUUGCAUACAAGGAUCCAGAGAAGAACUGGAAUAGAAAUUGUGUAAAAGGACUUGUAGCUUCUCUGAUUAGUGUCAGAGAUACUUCUGCAACCACAGCUUUAGAAUUGGUGGCCGGGGAACGACUGUACAAUGUUGUAGUAGACACAGAGGUUACUGGUAAAAAGCUACUAGAAAAGGGGGAAUUGAAACGUCGAUACACUAUAAUUCCACUCAAUAAAAUUUCAGCCAGAUGUAUUGCUCCAGAAACCCUGAAAGUCGCCCAGAAUCUUGUUGGCCCUAACAAUGUUCAUGUGGCUCUUUCCCUGGUUGAAUACAAACCAGAACUUCAGAAAGCCAUGGAAUUUGUUUUUGGAACAACAUUUGUUUGUGACAAUAUGGAUAAUGCCAAAAAAGUGGCCUUCGAUAAAAGGAUAAUGACUAGAACUGUAACUCUAGGGGGUGAUGUAUUUGAUCCCCAUGGGACAUUGAGUGGAGGUGCUCGAUCCCAGGCAGCUUCUAUUUUAACCAAAUUUCAGGAACUCAAAGGUAUUCAAGAUGAACUGAAAAUAAAGGAGCGUGAGCUACAGGCUCUAGAAGAGGAAUUAGCAGGUCUUAAAAACGUUGCUGAAAAGUAUCGCCAACUAAAACAGCAGUGGGAGAUGAAAACUGAGGAGGCAGAUUUAUUGCAAACCAAGCUCCAGCAAAGCUCAUAUCAUAAGCAACAAGAAGAAUUAGAUGCCCUUAAGAAAAUUAUUGAGGAAAGUGAGGAAACAUUAAAAAACACCAAAGAAAUUCAAAAAAAAGCAGAAGAAAAAUAUGAAGUAUUAGAGAAUAAAAUGAAAAAUGCAGAAGCUGAAAGAGAGAGAGAACUGAAGGAUGCUCAGAAAAAACUGGAUUGUGCGAAAACAAAGGCAGAUGCUUCUAACAAAAAGAUGAAAGAAAAGCAACAGGAAGUUGAAGCUAUCACUCUGGAGCUGGAAGAGCUCAAGAGAGAGCAAGCAUCCUCUAAACAACAGCUUGAAGCUGUGAAUGAAGCUAUCAAAUCCUAUGAAGAUCAGAUUGAAGUAAUGGCAGCUGAAGUGGCUAAAAAUAAGGAGUCAGUAAAUAAAGCUCAAGAAGAGGUGACCAGGCAAAAAGAAGUGAUAACAGCCCAGGACAAUGUCAUUAAAGCAAAAUAUGCAGAAGUGACAAAACAUAAAGAACACAACAAUGAUUCUCAGCUUAAAAUUAAGGAAUUAGAACACAACAUCAGCAAACAUAAGCGGGAAGCUGAAGAUGCUGCUGCAAAGGUAUCCAAAAUGUUGAAAGAUUAUGACUGGAUUAACUCAGAGAAACACCUCUUUGGCCAACCCAAUAGCGCAUAUGAUUUCAAAACUAACAACCCAAAAGAAGCUGGCCAGAGACUUCAGAAGUUACAAGAAAUGAAGGAGAAGCUAGGAAGAAAUGUCAAUAUGAGAGCCAUGAAUGUACUGACAGAAGCUGAAGAACGGUAUAAUGACUUGAUGAAGAAAAAGAGAAUUGUAGAAAAUGACAAAUCUAAAAUCCUUGCAACUAUAGAAGACCUUGACCAGAAGAAAAACCAAGCCCUAAAUAUUGCUUGGCAAAAGGUGAACAAGGACUUUGGGUCUAUUUUUUCUACUCUUCUGCCUGGCGCUAAUGCUAUGCUUGCACCACCAGAGGGGCAAACUGUUUUGGAUGGUCUAGAGUUCAAGGUUGCCUUAGGAAAUACCUGGAAAGAAAACCUAACUGAACUUAGUGGUGGUCAGAGGUCUUUAGUGGCACUGUCAUUAAUAUUGUCCAUGCUCCUCUUCAAACCUGCUCCAAUUUAUAUCCUGGAUGAGGUAGAUGCAGCCUUAGAUCUUUCUCAUACCCAGAACAUCGGACAGAUGCUACGUACUCAUUUCACACAUUCUCAGUUCAUUGUGGUGUCCCUAAAAGAAGGUAUGUUCAACAAUGCAAACGUUCUUUUCAAAACCAAGUUUGUGGAUGGUGUUUCUACAGUAUCCAGAUUUACUCAAUGUCAAAAUGGAAAGAUUCCAAAAGAAUUGAAAUCCAAGGCAAAAGGACCCAAAUGAUCACGUGUAGAAGUUUGAAAUACAAAUUUACUCCUACGUCUUGACCUGUUUUUAAAUGUAAACUUUUAAGAACUUAGGAUUUAUCUAAUUUGUUAAUAUAACGAUUGAAUGUUAUUUUGUCACUUAACACAUAUUUUCAAGGUCCAUAUUUUCUUCCCUUAUAUAAUCACUUAUAAAUGAGCAUAGAUUCCUAAUUAGUGUAACUAUGGUACAAUUACUGUGAUUGUGAUUUUAUGCAUAUUAUUAAAUGUUUUUUCUUAUAUACGUUUUUUAUAUAUUAGAGAGCCUGAAAUAGUGGUAAAUCCUGUAUGUAAAAGCAAGAACACAAAGAAACAGAUGAAAUUAUAGGAUAAAUAUAAUUAAUUGAUAGUCAGCUUUUAAAUAGUUUAACUCCUAAAGCAAUAUUAAUGUGUUUUCUGUUGCUAAUAAAGUCAUUCAGAUAAGAGAAUUUCAAAGCACUUAGUUGCUGGACCAACAAAGGGAACACAAAGAAAGCUCUUAUGCAUGCACUGUGCUAGCUGAGGCUAGUUCCUUGAAGACACAGUGCCAGCUCCCUGGCUAGACUCAGCCUGGGAAGCAGGUCUUGAAAGAUUCCUCUUAUUUUAAUGGUGUUUGAAUAUCAUGUUUAUAUGCUUAAUAAUUGGUCUCUGCACCUUGUUUUUUUUUUUUUAAAUUAUUCUCAUGAGUGUUUUAAGAAAAACUUGGGAGAAGGUAUGUUGCAUGCUGCUGUCUACUGCAAAAUUAAUCUGAAGUCUCCUGAUAAUUUCAAAAUAGAUUUUUGUCAGCCUUUGCAUAUAUCCAACCAAAACAAUCUAUUGGUGAAUGAGAAUUUAGGAGCCAGCAGACUAAAUCAAAUCUUAUCUAUGCUUCGUUUAGUGUGAUAUGUGUAUAAAUCCAUAAAUUGAUUCAUCAGUUCUACCAAAAGACCUCAGAGGUAACAAUUAUUACAGUUUUUAGUGUCUUCUGCUACUUUCCAUUUCAAAGGGGUAAAGUUUCUUUAAGAUCUAGAAAAUGGAGCCUAAACAAUAUAAGAAUACUAUGUAUACUUCUUAGCAUUUCAAGGUACAUCACCAGAAUAGUGUCCUCAGACUGAAUUCUGAAAGCUGUGACCUGACUUAAUUUAAUCUGAUCUUGGGUAUGUUAUUUUUUUCUCCACUAUCCCUUCUUGAUCCUUGAGUCCUAGUUACUUAAUGUUAUUGUUAUCCUCUCCCUGAUAAAUGCUCAUACUUUCUGGCCCUGGGUUUGUCACUUCUUACCAUUCAUUCUCCAUGCAUAUCUUAAGAUGUCAGAUAACACCUGGGUAACUGAAUGUCAUGGUGCACAUUGGAAAGUGUUGAAUCUUGAUUUGCUUCUAUCUACUAUGCGGAAGAGAGGGAGGCAUAGCUGUAAAUAUAGUUACAGGGAACCCAGUAUUACAGAUAAUGGAUAUAUGAAAAUACUCGUUUCCUUUUGAAUGUAUCACAAAUUAUUUUCCAAAAGAGUUGUAUCAGUGCACACUGUCACCAAUAAAGAGUAGCAAAGCAGUUUGACCACAA